AUGACAGAAUACAAGGAAAUCCGGAGACCAGCCAUUAUCACUGCAGGAUUCUUUGCGUUGCUGGCAUCACUUCUCUCCAUCGUUCUGAUAUUACAACAUCUAAGAGCUUACAAUAAUCCUGCGGUAGACUCUUCACCUGUGCCUUACUUUUUUGAUGCGAUCAUUUGUGUCAUAUUUGCAUUGCUGGAGCAAAAAUGGGUUGUUGCCAUGCUUCUCAUAGUUCCUAUCUACGCCACUGAGUCAAUUAUAUCCUUGUCCAAUCCUAAGACUUCUCUAGCUUGUGAUAUUUUGAGAAAUUGCUAUGAGGCGUAUGCAUUGUACACUUUUGGGAGCUAUCUGAUUUCCUGCCUCGGUGGAGAAGAAAGAGUUCUAGAACUAUUGAAGAAUGAAUCAAGAAACGUACUUAACAAGCCACUGCUUGAAGGAGGAGACGCAGAACCAGAAUUGUCACAUCCAUCCUCAUUUCGUAAUUUCUUUCUACGGCCAACUGAACUUGGAGAACAAUUGUUUUCUAUAAUUAAAUUUGGUCUGGUACAAUAUGUAAGUAUCUCUGCAGUUUCUGAAAAUUGUGCUAAAGUUAUUGUCAAACUAACAUCUGCAUAG